AUGCCUAAAGUUGUCUCUCGUAGCAUUGUUUGCUCAGAUACAAGAGAUCAAGAAGAAUAUAGCAAUAAAAAUGCCACUCUAUUCGUCUACUAUUGCAUCUGUGGUCAAAUGGCGCUAAUCAUAGACAAAAAAUUAACCGAAUUACCGCUAAGAAAACUCGAUCACGCUCGAGUUGUCGAUAAGAAGAAACAAGAAUGCAAGAUGUUCUGUAACGAUGGUAAAGUUGUCAUUCUGAAAAGGUGUAAUCUUGACCUAUUCUAUGAACACACAGAGAAAGACAGUCCUACCCUAUUCAUUCUCAAUGGUGCCCUCAUCGAUAGCGGUGGUGGUGCUAUCAAGACUAGUGUUCCUCAAACUGUUAACAGUAGCAAUAAUAAAAAGGUUAUGAUGAAAAAAUAUACAAGAGACAUGGGAAAAUAUAGUUCUAUCACUGUAUCGACCAUAGACGAAGAAGAAGAUGAAAUUGAGCAGAGGGAAGUUGAAAAUUCUUACUCUGCAAAUGCGAAAGUCAUCGAACAACAAUUAAACAGAAAAGAAGCAGCAAGGAAAAGAAUUGCUGAAAUGGCAUUCCAGGAAGAAGUCAAAAAAGCAAGAGGGACAUUAAUUGAUAAAUGCCACUAA